GGGUUCCAGGCUGGUGAGCCGUGGCGGUGCUGCAGCCUGAAGGCUGAGUGUGGUGUGUGUGCCCACAGGCCGGCCGUACCGUGGCAAGCCCAGCGACAUGUGGGCCCUGGGCGUGGUGCUCUUCACCAUGCUGUAUGGCCAGUUCCCCUUCUACGACAGCAUCCCGCAGGAGCUCUUCCGCAAGAUCAAGGCUGCUGAGUACACCAUCCCUGAGGAUGGCCGGGUUUCUGAGAACACCGUAUGUCUCAUCCGGAAGCUGCUGGUCCUUGACCCCCAGCAGCGCCUGGCUGCUGCCGAUGUCCUGGAGGCCCUCAGUGCCAUCAUUGCAUCAUGGCAGUCUCUGUCAUCUCUGAGUGGGCCUUUGCAAGUCGUUCCUGACAUCGAUGACCAAGUGAGCAACGUGGAUAGCUCCCAGGAGGCGAAGGUGACGGAGGAGUGCUCCCAGUAUGAGUUUGAGAACUACAUGCGGCAGCAGCUGCUGCUGGCCGAGGAGAAGAGCUCCAUCCACGACGCCCGGAGCUGGGUGCCCAAGCGGCAGUUCGGCAGUGCACCUCCGGUGCGACGGCUGGGCCACGACGCACAGCCCAUGACCUCCUUGGACACGGCCCUCCUGGCGCAGCGCUACCUGCGGAAGUAACAGCCUCAGCCAGGGCCACCAGCACUGCUGCCACCUCUUCCAGCCCCAGCCAAGGGCAUGGCUGUCAGGGCUGGGCCCUGUAGUGCUGGACUCUCCCGGGCCGCAACAGGGACAGGGCAGGGACAGGGACAGCCCAGGUCACAUGUGGGGUCAGCAGAGGUACCACGAAGCUACCUUUUGGGAUGAUUGCUCGAUUGUUUGGUUUUUAAAUCUGAGAAGCCUAGAUAACUAAUCUGCUUUUAAUCAUGAUGUUUUAAUCUACCUCUGUCUCUUUAACCAUGCUGUCUCUGGACUGAGCAAGAGGGAGGAGGAGGGAGCCCACUCACCCCGCCCCAGGGACGUCCCCAGCGGCCACCACCUGACCUGGGGCGCUGCUCCCCACAGUCCAAGUAAGCUGAAAGUGCAGCUCGCUGCGUGCCCCAGAGCGAGCGUCCCCUUCUCCCUGCUCUCCCAGGUCCCUGCCACAGCCUCUUUCCAUCCUUCUCCUUCUGACCCAGGCCCCUCAGUCCAAGCUUUGGAAAACCUUCACCUCAUCUUAAGCCGAACUCAAAUAUAUUUAUUUUUUUACCGUACCAACUUCUCUCCCAUCUCUAGGUGGCGCAGCCCAUGGCCACUCCCUGCCCCCAGCCUGGCUGGACAGCAAGGAGUCCACAGCCCACACGCGGGCUCCCUCCUCACCCCCAGGCAGGGAAGCCCCUCCUGCUGGCCCCGUCCCCUUUCAGCCCACCAGUCCCUCUCUGCUGCCGGUGAUGGGAGGCCUUUCUAGACCUGGCUCUUUCUCUCCCGUCUCAGUGGCUUCUCUGAGGUGCUGUACACGCGCGUUAACCUGUUCCCUUCUCCGUCCUUCCCUGUGGUACCAAGCUCACGUGGACUCCUGAUGCAAAGGGGCCCAGGGGUUGGGCUGCAGGCCUGGCUGUGAGUGGGGGGCCUGCCGGUAUGCUCCCCUACCCUACUCUUGGGUCUAGAGGAUGGUGGGGACAUCUCCUGUGCCCUUGCCUCAUAAUAGAUGUGGUGUCUCUCCCAGUAGACCCUAGCAAGGGUCCUCCAUGGGCGGUGGGGCCUGGGAGAAUCACAGGGAUUGGGGGAGCCUGCCUGGCUUGAGAACAGCCCUGCUGCCCUUUUGAGCCGAGAUUUUGAAGUGGAUGCCCGUCUUGCCAGAAAUGCUGUUCUCACCAGAAUGCCCCCUCCCCUUGCCCUCACUGGACUUGGCCCUGCCUGAUGCCAAGCAAAGACCCUUCCCCAGAGGCCUACCCCCCAUAUGUCCUCAGAGAGGCUGAGGGUCCCCUCCAGUCAUGGGCCCUGAGGCCCCUCCUGCCUGGCCCUGCUCCCCAGUGGGGAGGUGACUGUGUUUCCCAGAGUGUGAGCUGCUCUCCUCCCCCUAAAAAGCUGACUCACUGUGAGUGACCUUGGGCAAGUUCCCAAACCUCCUUGUGCCUCAGUUUCCCCAUCUGGAAAAAAUGGGGCCACCUCUUGCCAGCAGUAGCAGGGCUGCCCACGCCCCUUUCUCCCCAUGCCCCAUCCAGCACUUGGGCGCCUCAUGCCUCUGCCUCAGUGGGCCUGUGGGAGCCCACUGGAGCCCAGCACUUACUCCCCCUGAGCAGCAAGCCUGCGUCUGUCUCAGCUGUCCAGCACUGAGGGCCAGGGUCUUGUGCUGUGGGGCUGGCAGAUGCCCUCUUUUCUAUAUUUAUUUCAUAAAAGUCUCCUGCGGGAGCGGAAAUGCAGUCUGGCCUAGGGCUCCCGGCCCUUGACUGUCCUCCUGUGAGGGCCUGAAGCUGGGCCAGGGCCCGUUGCAGCGGAGCCCCAGCUCAGCAGCCCACCCAGCCCCUCCAGGCUGCUGCCCGUGCGUGGUCUUUCUCCUCCUUUUCAAAGCAAUAGCCGCCGGGUCUGCAAAGCCCUGCCAGACAGACUGGGCCCUUCCACGGUCAAGCCAUGUGUCUGAUUACAUUUCUGGUGAAGCAAAGGAGAGGAGGAUGGGCCAGCCCUCACUGGGUGUCACACACUGAGAGAAGUCCUAUUGUAAAGAAACGGAAAAAGUCACAAAAAAGUUUGUAUAAAGACAUAUUUUUGUACUACAUGGGGACUCUUCCUGCAUGUCAGCAAUAAAACUUCCUGAUCUGGAACCAC